GCUGGGGCUGUGCAUUGUCUGAGGGGACUGGCGUUGCUCAGGGCUUUGAGGUUCCCGCCUUGUUUCUGGGAGCCCAGGGAGGGAAGAGGCAGGGGCAGGCGGCGCGCAUGCGCAGUGCCGCCCCUUGGCCCCGGGACGUGGGGAAGCCCUGCUCCUCCUGCAGGGGUCAGGCCGGCAGGGCGCAUGCGCGCCGCGUGCAAGGGAAGCCCGGCUGCCAGGGGGAGGCCCGUAGUGCGCAUGCUCCGUGGGAGCUGGGGGAAGCCCAGCUGGUGGCAUAGGGCAGGCUGCUGCAGAAGUGGGCAUGCUGCUGGGCUCUCAAUUAGCUUAGUCAAUGCUCUUGCCUCUCCUACCCAUGAGCAGAGAGGGGGUGUAGGAAGCAUGCACUGGAUUGCAUCCCCCCCUCCAGCCAGGCUAGGACCAAGAUCAAGGCAGUUGCAUGGCUGAGAUUGGGCUGAUCUGCAUUGCCAGGGGUGGGGAUGAGCAGGCUGCAACCCUGCUUCCCCCCCGCAGAGAGCGUAGAAGCUGAGGUCCAGGUCUGCCCAUGUCUGCUGCCGUUUGAGGGCUACACAGGCUCCACUUGCAGGGACCCAGGGCUGGAGACUUGAGUCCAGCAAGUGAGAGAGGUCCUAGGGAGCAGCAAGAUGAAGGCUGAUUUGAAUAAUGUGGAUGCGGUUGCUUAGCUCUGCGAUGCAAGCAACUGGGCAGUUCCUGUUUUAGUGACUGCAAAGGGGGUUUUUGGGUUUUUUUUGCAUUUGAACUGAAUCCUGCAUCCCCUUGGGACCUUUAUGGAAACAGGUCUGCCAAGAGGCAGUUAGCGGACUUUGAACAGAGGACUUGGUCGUGUCCCAGCUCUUAGCAUCUCUGUGAUGAUGUUUCCCUACUUAGGGCCCCGAUUUCAGCGACUGGCUUUGGAGCUAGGGGGGCGGGGGGCCAGCUGGAUGCCCAUUUUGUGGCCGUGCAGACAGGUCAGAAGGACUCGGUAGUGGCAGAAGCAUGAGUGAUGGCAAGAUGAGUGGAUUGGGUUUUGCUUGUUUUCUCUCUCUCAUUUCUUUACUUCUCUCAUUUCUUGGAGUCUCCAACCAGCAGAGACUCCCCAUGCCUGGAGAAGGGUGACUGCUCCCAAAAGCUUGCCAAGGACUUUUCCCCAACUACUCAGUUGGUCUAAUAAAGAUCUCGCAUCUACCCAAAGAGCCUCGCCUGCCUAGGAGUUUAAAAAGUAUUUGUUUGCCUACUAGCUUUUUCCCCCCUCCUUGUCAAAGGGAGGCAUGUAGCAGCCUGGGGGAUUCGUACCUUGUUGCAGACGGCCGUAAAUCUCCGAUAGUCUUCUAUAAGGAGAUUUAAAACUGUCCCUGGUCUAAGCUGGUGAGGUUUCUGUUGAGACUGACAAGUUUGGAGAGCAGGGGCCUGGCAUCUCCUGGUGCUUAGCACAUCAGAAAGCCUGCCCUACAAUGUCCACAGCUAUUGCAAAGGCCAAGUUUUAAUAUUGAGUCCUUAAGUUGAUUUUUUUUUAUUAUUAUUAUUUUUUUCCCCCAGUGCUAGCUGCAGUCUGACUUCAUUCAGUCUAACUCGUAGAUUAAGUCGGCUUUCCCUGUUUGCCUUGAGGAUACGCGAUAAGAAACUUGGAGCUUACAAACAGAGCUCAGAAAAAUGCUUUGUUUUUCGUUCCUUUGAAGUAGAAGUUGCUUCUGCCGUGGCGUGGGUUGGACGGUUUUUGUUCCCCGCUGUACGGGACUUGGAAGGGGAGAGACCUCCCGUACUGACCUGCUUUGCCAGUAAGGUCCAAGUUCGGCUGUUACCUGCCCGUGUCGAUGGUUGAGCUCUGCUCGCGUUGCUGAAACCUGCUGUAAUGUUCCCCUCUUUUGACUCAAGUCACGUUGGUCACCUACUGGGAACGCACGCUUAAUUGCACGUAGCACGCUUGCACGGUGCUUUGUGCACCGAUUGCCGUCGGAGGGUUCCUAGACUCUGGGUUUACCAAGAUCUACGACGGGAGACGGCUUUAAACCCUAUUUAUUGACUUCCACCUGUAGGUCUUCUUGAUAGCUGAUGGCAAUACUAUAUUCCUUAAUGGACAGAUACCUUGAACCUUGUGCAAAAGAUGCAGCCUCCUAAACGAGUCUGUUAAAAGGUUGAGCGUCAGCCUUUUGAGGAUCCUCUUUCCCUUGAGACACAAUUCCACAGUAAUUUUAGCCUAGAAAUCCCAUUUUGCUGAUUGAAGAUGGUCCGGUAAUUUUUUUUUUUUCUCCUUUCCUUCCAUCCCAUUUAUCUUGCCUCAAAUUACACGUUGGAGGGUGUAAGCAGGCAGCAAAGCUUCGAAGAAGGUACUUAACGAUCGUGCAAGCUGACUUGGGGGUUAAAUAGAUCUACAGAGCGGUCUUUUACAACGACCAGGAUAAACCACUUGCUUUCAGGGACGCUGGACUUUUUUUUUUUUUUUUCUCAAUGAGUUGAAUGUUUUUGUCUCCUUUGCCGCAUUGAUACACGCGCGCUAUGAGUAUUGUACAGCGUUGCGUUAUCCUGCACGGCAAGGGAAGCGAACAGACCGAACGCUUGUGUCAUCCCUGCUUUUAUUAACUUUUAAAAUGUCUGAUCUGCUAAACCGGCAUAUCAGUUGGCUCAGAGAAGUCCCCCCCACGCCACGUCCACGGUCCUUGGAGAAUUGCUAAACUCCAGACUGUAUCUUGUGACUGAUUUAUACCUGAAGGAGAGCCAGUCGUACAAAAAAACCCCUCCGGGAUGCCAGACUAAGCUGGUAUUGUUAUCCUGGCUUGUUUUCCUUUCCACAAAGAAAUCCUCGAAGAAUGUUUCAAUAAAUCUCCAGGAUCUUUAUCAUAAUGCCGCCGGCUGCAGUUAGUACCACAUCUUAUAUUAAAAAUGUGCAGACAGGACUCUUAUAGCCCUGCUUCGAAGGUAUCUGCCACGAGUCCUCUGGCGUGUCUGGAAUCGAGCAUCUCUCUGACAAAAUGCUGGGUGACAUCAUUGCUAUAUGUGGUCCUUGCGUCCGUCGACUGAAAUGGCUCAUCCUAUGGGAAGCAGCUGGCAGAAAGUGGCAAGCGUGUGUGUUGCUCCGUUUGCUGAUCCUUUAGAUGAAACGUGACCUGGUAGGAGCAAAACCAGUUGCACCAGUAGAGAUGCUUACCUCCAUAAGUGUUUUCUGUUGCUUAAGACAACUGCUUGGACAGAACAAGAGGUGCAGCAUAGGUGGUGGUUGGUGCUACAAGAAACAAAAAGUUUGACCCAGGAGGUAAAGGAACGGAGGAAUCCGGGCUUGGCCUUAAGUAAUCGGAGCACGAAAGUCUCGGCUUUCUAAUCUCUCUGGGAAGGCCUCUUUAAAUAUAUUAAGUGGAGUUUAAGCAGGUUUCUUAUCAGAUUCUCGGGCCGUUUCUCUUCCCUUUCUUUUCAUCCUAACCACAACGUCUGCCUACAGCAAACUCUUCCCCCACCAAAGUGCAACCGUUACAGUCUCUGGGUUGUUGGUAGGACCUGGACUAGUAGCUUUGAACUGCGUGCUUGGGAGCAAACCAAAUAAAAAUGCAAUUCUCUAGGCCUUGUAAAAUUUAAAUUAAAAUGAACCAGCUGUAGUUUGAAGCAACCUCUGUGCUAGGUUGGGGUUUUUUUGGUCACUUAAAGAUGAGAAUGGCUUCCUCUUGGGGUCUUUUUUUCCACCCCUAUCUUUGCCUGUAAACACAGCUGGGUUUAAGGAGUUCAGUAUCCAAGUUGCAUUGUGCUGCGAGUGUAGCUGAGUGUCUAAAUCCCUUGGGGUUGUUUAAAAAUCCCAACCAUGUGCUUUAGUGAAAGCUUUAGCGUUUGUAUCCCCAGUCCUCUGGGUGUUAAACCUCCUUAGCACAGAUGAGUUCAGCUCUCAGUGGUAGCACCUACAUGUCUGUGACCUGCACGUGGGUAGCUUUGCGUGGAGGAGAGUGCUGGUUUUGCCUCGAGUUCUCCAUCUCAUGUAACUUCGGAGCCACACGCUCGGGACAUAAGAGCUGCAUCUUUCGAGGGCGCUGAGCACGUGCAUCUUCCACUGAUGUCGGCUGGAACCGGGUGCAUCCGCCAGCGAGCAAAUCGGGCUCGUCAUUUCACAGCCGAUGAAGCUAUUAAUAUCUGAACGUUUAGAUCUGAGAAUCUCUGAUCGCCGUGUGCACGACUGGUUGAGAAUAAGUGACUCUGUUUAAAAAAAAAUAUGGUUUCCAUGCCUAUGGCUGGCAGGAAUUGGGGCAUUGGCACCGUGUUUAUUGGGCAAUGCUGGAGCGGCCGUGAGUGCCGAAUGGAUAGUGGUCAUCGGUGGAAAGCCGUGCUUUGGCAGGGGAAGAGGUUGUGGGUGGCGGGAGAAGUCUCCUGGCCAGGUGGAAGGUUUGAACACGGUGCAGGCUAAGCCCUGAUGUCUUUAGCACUGAGCUUAAGCAGCAAUAAGAUAGGGCUACCCCUUUCCUUUUAUGUAUAUCCAGAGGCCAAUUUGAUAUGAAGUAUCCCCUCUGAGUGCUCGUGACUCCAAUCUGCAAAUACUGGUACAAGCAGGGAGGCUUUGUAAAACAGGCUUGCCUGGUACUGAUUUUAUUUUCAGCAGAUUUCCAAAAGAAAAAUCAGAGUUUGAGCAAUAAAUAAUUGACUUAACUGCUGGGUUGCAAGCAACAGUGGUGUUAAAUGCAAUGCAUCCCUCCAUGGUUACCUCUAAAUGAGCAGGAGCCCUAUUAACAGCCUCUCUCGGUCCAUGCCAUCCUCCUCUCCCUGCGAGUACGGGUGGCUGCACAUCUGUCGCCAUCCCCGUUUCCCUCUCCUGCCUUCGGAGCUGAUGCGUUUCUUUUGCACUUUGCAGAAACUCGAAGGGUCCAAGUGCAAGGGGCAGCUUUUGAUAUUUGGAGCAACCAACUGGGACCUGAUUGGCCGUAAAGAAGUGCCUAAGCAGCAAGCUGCUUACCGUAAUCUGGGCCAGAACCUGUGGGGGCCGCACAGGUAUGGGUGCCUCUCAGGGAUUCAGGUACGGACCGUGGUUUCGGGACCAUGCGCAGCUCACAGCCUCCUCAUCACCACAGAGGGCAAGCUGUGGAGCUGGGGGCGUAAUGAGAAAGGGCAGCUGGGACACGGAGAUACCAAGAGAGUGGAUGCUCCCAAACUCAUCGAAGUUCUCAGCAGCGAGGUGAUUGUGUUGGCAGCUUGUGGACGAAACCACACGCUCGCUCUGACGGAGACUGGCUCGGUAUUUGCAUUUGGAGAGAACAAGAUGGGACAGCUUGGCCUUGGUAACCAGACAGAUGCAGUUCCCAGCCCCACUCAGAUAAUGUACAACGGGCAGCCAAUUACCAAAAUGGCCUGUGGGGCUGAAUUCAGCAUGAUAAUGGACUGCAAAGGAAACCUCUAUUCCUUUGGGUGCCCUGAAUAUGGACAGCUGGGACACAACUCCGACGGGAAGUUCAUUGCCCGCGCUCAGAGGAUAGAGUACGACUGCGAGCUGGUGCCGCGGCGCGUCGCCAUCUUCAUUGAGAAGACAAAAGACGGGCAGAUCCUUCCUGUCCCCAACGUGGUCGUGCGAGAUGUAGCUUGUGGCGCCAACCACACACUUGUUUUAGACUCCCAGAAGCGCGUCUUCUCCUGGGGCUUUGGCGGGUAUGGCCGGCUGGGCCAUGCCGAGCAGAAGGAUGAGAUGGUGCCAAGGCUGGUCAAGCUCUUCGACUUCCCGGGGCGUGGGGCAGCUCAGAUCUACGCUGGAUAUACCUGCUCCUUUGCUGUCAGCGAAACGGGUGGCCUCUUUUUCUGGGGGGCCACAAACACGUCCCGCGAGUCGACCAUGUACCCCAAAGCUGUGCAAGAUCUCUGCGGCUGGAAAAUCCGCAGCUUGGCCUGUGGGAAGAGCAGUAUUAUUGUGGCUGCAGAUGAGAGCACAAUCAGCUGGGGUCCAUCUCCAACCUUCGGUGAACUGGGCUACGGGGACCAUAAACCCAAGUCCUCUACUGCAGCUCAAGAGGUGAAAACCCUAGAUGGGAUUUACACAGAGCAGGUGGCCAUGGGCUAUGCCCACUCUCUGGUGAUAGCCCGAGAUGAAAACGAAGCGGAGAAAGAGAAGCUAAGGAAGCUGCCGGAGUACACCCCGCGCACCGUCUGACGAGGCCAGGGACCUGCGCGCUUACCGAGGCAGCUCUCCUUUCCGAUGUGCACUGGGACGCAACGUUGUACGAAGAGAUUACAGACCGACAUCGAGACCAGACCGAUGUGUUUUGUUAGACUUCCCGAGGUUCAGUUUUAUAAGCGAUUUCAGUUUUAACUACCUGUUACUGUAAGAUUUAAUUUUUUUUCCCAAAGUGGUUUUUUUUUUUUGUUUGUUUCUUUUAAAUGUUUAAAAUAUUUGCUUGUCGCUCACAAGUUCCCAUUCCGAUGCAAAUGGCAGGACCUUUUGGCAUAUAUGUUAGUUAGACCACUUAUUUUUGGCUAGCGGUAGAACAGUACCUGGCAUGGGAGAAGGUCCAACGUGGUGCUUGUUGUAUUUAACGGAGGAAAAUCCCUGUUGUGAGCCAAGAGCUCAAGGGGUAGAUUUUUCCCAAAGGCACAAAUGCCACCUUACACCUCCCCACCAAGGGAAAUUCAGCACCAAAAACCCAGCUGUGCCCACGGGAAUCUACCCCCGAGGCUCUGGGACCACUUCUCUGGUGAACGGGGGAGACCCGAAAGUUGGCUUGAAGAGCGCGCUCUAGAAAUAAGCUUCCACUUUCAUUUUAUUUUUUAAGAUGGUGGCCUCCCUUGUAUUUCCAGGGGGUUGCCGGAGAAAAAGAGUGUAUAAAUCACAGGACUGACUCCUGCCUGUUCUUGGCUUUCUCAUUUCACCUAUUGAAACAAGCACCCUUUUUGUGCUAUCUGAUUCUUCCGUCCCCUUCCCUACAAGUUUAAAACCCAGUUCGCCUGAUUAAGACAACUGUGGGUCAACAUUUUCAAAGGUGGCCCUGUGGUUUGGAUGCCUUAAUUUACAGGUACCCAACAGAGACGUGUUGGACCCGCUCUUCCUGAGGUGCUGAGACUUGGCGCCUCUGGCAUAUCAAGCUAUGCAGGUGUCAGGUUGGCCACCACAACAAGCCAGGGUUUGCUUUUAAACACGAUGUCACUAAUGAGUUUCCCCGAGUGCGGAUUCACGACAGGGUGAGGCUUUAACAGCAGCUUGCUGCCACAUGGCUCAAGUCUCCAGAAAUGAGUCCAGGUGAAGACCCCUCUUAUAACCCCCUUGAAUUUGGCAGCGAGGGGGGUGAAGUCUAGAUUUAAACACUUUCUGGCUCCACAAGUGCAAAGUUGAACCCCUGCCCGCAUCUUUGCAGUGUCCAGGCUUCGGGCAGCUGAGAAGUUAGUGUUAGUCGGCCCCUUUUUCCGUCGCAGCCUGCACUCCUUCCCCUUAAAUUUCAACAAAUCUUUUUUUCCAGAAGAGCUUCCACCGUUUUUGACCAGUACUUGCAGGGAGAUCUCAAUUUAUCUUCACGGCUUUGGGGGUUAUUGCCUCCUCCUGACUCGUGAACCCUGUCCAUCCAGUCAAACCCAGUUCCUCCAGACUGGAGGUUGGGCAGGUUCGGGUCACUCUCUGCUGGUGUCGCUGGAGAAAACUCUGUCGACAUCAAUGUACAUCGGUGCCGCUCCAUCAGGAGGGCAUCUCUGCGCUUGUCUUUUGUCCAGCUGUUGAAACCAAUUGGCUUUUCUGGCAGAGAUGCUAAGAGUCCAUGGACAGCUCUCCCCAGGAAUGGUGAUCCGAUAUCUGCCAAAAGUUCCUCCUAUGCCGAUGCUCUGCGCUGUGCUGGAGAAACAAGGUGCCUUUUUGCAGAGCGCUCUGCUCUAUCUCUCCACACACACACACACACACGAAGAUGGUUUUUCCUUUCUCGUUGCACUGAUUUCUAGAGGCAACAUUUUGCUGACAUGCUGUUACGUGGCGGUUCUGGGAUUCUUGCAGUACUUAUUGAAAGUUUUUUUUUUUUUUUCAAUUUUUAUUUUUCAUUGCAUUGUGUUAAGAGUUUAAAAACUCCUCGAACAUGGAGAGCAGCCGGAUGGAAAAGUCCCGCAGUUGGAUCUUUGCGCUGUUCUAACUUUUAGCUGUCGGCCUUCCCCACUUGCAAGAUCAGUGGCCUCCGUCUUGUCCAUAAAAAGAUCUUUCCACCCUCUUCUUCUGCAGUUAGUCGCUUAGUUUUAAUAGGAGUCUUUAAAUUGACUUCAAUAGAGAUCAGACUUGGGGGGGAAAAUUCCUUGAGAGGUGGGAUAGUCCUCGAUAUACCAAUUAUCUAGUCACCUGCCUGGUCUCCAGAUGGUCAGGGUUGAACGGUAGCAUCAGAAGACCAAGGAAAUGGAAGUGACCCUUUUUUAUACCAGGAGCAUGUGUGUGCAGCUGUUCUACCACGUUCAAUCCUAAAUCUUUCCAUAAUGCACAACUUAUGUUGAGUAGCUGAUCUGAGGCAUCUAGAAUUUAUCAUGCUUCGGGUUGUAUUUUUUUUGGCUUUCUAAUAUCUUCCAGAAGCACCGAGUUCCUGCACUUCCACUUGAAAAAUUAGUGUCUCGGUCAUUUAGCACAUCAUCAAACGGGGCGCUCAUGUCUCGCAUGGGACGGCCCAGGUCAGAAGGCCUAAAAGAAAAAAGCUGAGAGAGAUUUCUUCUGAGAGUUUGCUGAACUCCAGACUCGCCUAAGCCUGUUCGCCAAGUUACAGUUAGGACCCGUCUUGUCACUUUAUUUUUUCUCUCUCCGGUUUGUAGUGGGGAAAUGCAUGAACUCCAGAGUAAGCAUCUCCUGGCAGACUCUGCGGUUCACGCUGGGGGCCGUUCCCGGAUGUCUGACCGGAGUGGAUGGAGGUUUUGCCUUGUAACCUCGUGACAAAAUAGCAAACUUCAGCACUGGGAUUUGUAACUCUGGCCUUUCUGGGACUAGGUGACUGCAGGUGUUAGAAGCUGAGUUUCACCUAAAGUAUAGUAGGUGUGGGCUUGUUUAGUCCUUUUCUCUAACCAUCAAAAUCCAUCCGGGAGAUGGUUUGGAGAAAAUAGCAAAACAUAAAAUUGCCCCCCAAAUUGCAAACCCAAAGGGAGCCGUCCCUUUGAAUGCAAUCCUGGGCUCAUUACAAGUUAAACGAUACUUAGGUCCUCAUUAACUUUUCCCCCUCAGCUGCCUUCUCCUUGUUCUGACAGUGUGAAAGUGAAGGAGGGCCUCAGAAAAAGGGUCUUGGAACAAUUUUUUUUAAUUUUAGACAAGAUGAAAGGUUCCUGGUUUAGUGCUGUAAUUGUCUUCUCAUGUUUUUUAUAUUUCUUGGAGUAAAUGUUUAAAUAAACGACGUCAUUGUGUA